AGCUCACGGACCCGACGGACCCGGCUGGCGAGUCGUAAUGAUAAUCUGCAUCGGACCGAUUUGCGUGCCUCUUUGGUGAGCCAAUAUACUCGAGACAGUUGAACAGGCUCUGUGGUGAGUUGUUGGGUCGCGUGUGUGAGAGCUCAGGCACGUCGGUCUCCUGUUGGCCUUUCUGUUCAAGCCUGCCUACCGAUGGGCAAGACGAAAAUGCGGAUACGAAGGUGCGUGCGGGCGGACGACUGUUCUGACACAUACGAACACACCACUACCCUUGCGGUCGUGUUCUUAUCAGAAGCUGAAGAGACCUCCGCCAUGACAAAGCAGAAUAUGUCCGGCAACCCACCACCUGACGCACCUGCGGAGCACACAGAGGAGACGACAAACGACGCCGCUGGAGCCACUCUUCGCCGCAGGCCGGUCAGCAGAGUGGCCGACAGCGACGGCAGGGGCGGCUGCGUGGAUGUGCACACACCCGAGGAAUGGCAAAACGUGUGCAAGAGAGCCUCGGACGGCGGGCUGCCGAUCGUGCUGGCUGUCGGUGCGUCGUGGUGCAAGCCAUGCAAGCACAUUGCCCCAGUGUUCAGGAGCCUGGCGCAGCAGCACAGGGGCCUGUUUGUGUCGGUUGAUGUGGACGAGAUGGCUGACUUGGCUGAGGAGGCAGCGGCGAGAGCCCUGCCGACCUUCCAGAUCUGGAGGCCGGACGACGGCAGAAGGGUGGCCAAGACGACGUACGAGCUAGUCGGCGCUGUUGAGGCGUCCCUGAGGAGUUUUGUGGCUGACCACUGUGAGGCACAUGGCCACUGCGAUGAUGUGACUGCCAACUGACACGUGGGUGCAUUGAGUGCUUGCGGAGGCUGGCAGGGCAGCACUUUCUGUAUUGAUCUUUUUUCCGUGCUGUGCUUCCCUCUGCUGCUGAGUUCUGUACAGACAGACACGUCCAUGUGUGGUGACUGACAUUCUCAUUCAUCCAUCCAUCAAAAGAGUCUCGAGUCCCUCGCGGCCCAUAUUCUACACUCUCACUGCAUUGAGCUGGGCACACCAGCUGACUGACUGUGUUGACUGAUGCAUGGCAUGCACAAGGCCAACAAC